AGGAGUAAGAAAAUUAGUUUCUCGUUGGAUACCCCACCUGUUGACUGAAUAGCAGAAAGCAGCCAGGGUUAAUUGAUGUCAAUUCAGGAAACUCAAAAAAUGUGUACAGCAUUGUUAGUGGUGACGAAUCGUGGAUUUACUGUUUGCGGAUUGGUAUACCACCAUUUGUUUGCCAAAAGUCAUCACCCAGGAAGGAGAAUCAUCCUCCACCAAGACAAUGCAAGCUCGCACACAGCCCAAAAAACAAGGCAGUAUCUAACGGAAGAAAACGUGGAAUUAUUGGACCACCCUCCAUAUAGUCCAGAUCUAAGUUCUAACGAUGUCUUUACUUUCCCGAAAAUUAAAAUCAGACUGCGUGGUUAAAAAUUCCAGUCACCGGAAGAAGCGGUUGACGCAUUCAGAAAUUCCGUUUUGGAUCUGCCAGCAAACGAGUGGAAUACGUGCUUCGAAAAUUGGUUCGAGCGCAUGCAGA